AACACAGUUGACCAGCUUCAUCCGGUGAGCGAUGGCGUGUGACACGUCACAAUUUCACCAGGUGGGUUGCGGCCAUCACUUCGAGUUGCGCCGACCCUUGGCGAAGCCCACAGCCCGGAAGUGCGCCGGCUGCGGGGAAGACGUGUUGCAGCACGCGCGAGGUGAAGUCGCGGAUGAAGACUUCAUGUCCAUAUUGAAUGUGACGGAUGACCAGCAAGCGAGUGUGGUGCUGGAAGGAGAGCUGGCUUUGGGGUCCUUCAAGGCGGCUCUGCGAUUGGCGAAGGACGAUCCAAAGGUGGUCGUGGUGAACUGCGCUGGAACAAAACUCCAUGACUUCUUGCCUGCCACCAGGGAACCAAUGGAUGCUUUGAGGAAGGAGCAACGGGUCUUGGACUUGGAAUGGGAGGACAGCGCAGAGGUAGUAGAAGCUCAACUGGAUAGUGGUCCCAAGGAAGCCGCGGCCUUGGAUGAAUUGCUGAGGGCGUUGCAAUGGGCGCGAGAGCGACAGAGGAACGGUGACAUGGUGAUGGUGAACUGUGCUCAAGGCCGCUCGCGGUCGGCAACUUUCACCAUCGCUUAUGUCAUGGCCACCUGUGAUGUCGAUGUAGAUGAAGCUUAUGCUCGUGUGAAGAAGGCUAGGCCCUUCAUCCAGCCUAAUGCGGGCUUUGUGAAGCAGCUGCACCGUUGGCAAGGCAAGCUCAAAGGUCUUUGCACUUCUUGGAGGUUGUCACUGCCGGUGACAGGGGCUGACAGGGGCUGACAGGGGCUGACAGGGGCUGACAACUUGCCAGCGAUGAUUCAGAUGGAAAAUGUUGAUAUCAAGCACUAUCAAACUCUAGAAGCGAGGACUAAUGUAUAUGAUUCUCGAUCUAAAGGUCCAUGUAGAGAUUGUCCAUUACAAUGGCCGUUUGCAGAUAGAGGAUUUUAGAUCAACCACCAUAUACCCUCUAGAUUAAACCAACAGAUCCAACAGUUUGCUAUUGAAAUUUGCCAUAGAAAUAAUUGAUUUACCCAUCAAAAAUGCUGAUUUUCCAUAGUUAUGCAAACGUCAACAGGUGCGCGCUGCGCGCCCCAAGAGUCGUCGCUCGUGAAAAG